AUGGACAGCCAUACCCAGAGAGACAAUCUUGCCCGUAUCCGGGACAAUCAACGGCGUUCGCGCGCACGCCGGAAGGAAUAUCUCCAGGAGCUCGAGACCAAGUAUCGCAACUGCGAACAGCAGGGUGUUGAAGCAUCCGCAGAGAUUCAAGCGGCUGCCAGGCGAGUGCUAGAAGAGAACAAGCGGCUGAAAGCUCUUCUUCGACAGAAGGGUGUCAGCGAUACUGAAAUCGACAGUUGUAUGAACCAGGGCGGGGGAUGUUCAUCGUCGUCUGUCCAGCAGCUCGAUACUAUGCUGAAAACGAAAAGGCCUUGCAACGGCGAGCGUGGCUGUGGGAAGAGCCAGUCUAGCCAAGAUCCUGUCCCCAUACCACGAAUCGCGGUGGACACGUCCAGACAACAAACCGUGCAGCCUUUGCCGCAACUGCAACCUUCUUACGCGGAAAUGGACAGUCGGCGAAUGUCUACUUUUAGCACGGCUAGCAUCCUGUCAGCACGCUCGCCGAUGAGCGUUUCUGGCAUGAUGCCAUCUCCGGCAGAGAGCAUCGAUUCAAUUCCGCCGCCGUUUACGAGCGGGCCCGCGGUUUCGACGUUCAUGUACGACAGUAAUCCUUGCUCCGCCAUUUCUUAUUUCAACGAACCUGCGCAAGCCACAUGGGCCUAUUAUCCAGACCCAAGUACUCAAGCCGCGACAGGAACGUACAUGGUCGCCGACAACACUACCUCCUGCAUCCAUGCUGCCAACGUCAUUCGUGGUAUGCAGCAUGAUGUUGGGCCCGAACUGGAACGUGACCUAGGAUGCUCUGAUCCAAACCAGGACUGUACGGUUGACAAUACACUUGUGUUCAAUGUCAUGGAGCAACAUAUGCGCUUAUGA